AAGYACUGUUUCGCAGAUGCAGAAUAACADAAAUUGUUCUGUGCCUUUGAGGCCGUAUAUAAUAUUGCCAGUUAAUAUGUCUAUGUUUUAUGUAUACUGCAACUGCCAGCCUUUGAUAUUACUUACAUAAUACAUGUAUUAAUUAAAUUAAUGUGUAUUAUAAAUAUUAAAAUUCAUAAUCCAAAAUAUUGGACAUUUUUUAAUUUAAAUUUAAUAAAUGUAAAAUAACAUUAUAACAUUUGUUUUGUGUAAAAGAACAAUUGAAAAGCUGUAAAAUGGACUACUUGGACCCAGAAGAAGAAUUUGAAAUGAUGCACGCUGAUGAAUUGGAAAUGAUGAAUGAAAUGGACUUUAAUACCGAUGCGGUCAAAAUAUGCUCACCAAAAGAUACAAGAAGAAGCUUAAAGUUUUCUUCUAAUGAAAGAGUUGAAUAUGAAGGGAAUUUCAAUUUGUCAAGUGAAUUAAAUGGUGUUUUUCCUUUAUCUCAAACAUCAGUAGUUUCUUGUAAUCUGGAUGGUAAUAAUGAAAAUGAAGUACAACCAAGUACUUCAUUGUCAGUUACCAACAACAAAAGAUAUUUAAAUGUUGAAGAUCUAUUUGGAAACACUGAUGAUAUUAAUUUUGAAGAUGUAGAAUUGGAACCUGUAUUAAAGCGUCAAAAAGUAAAUCCAUUAUCUGACAAAGACAUUAAACAGCAAGAUUUAAUAAAAAAAAUUAUUGAUCAAAGGAAAAUAUUCAAAUCUGGAAAAAGAUCCAAUUUUUUAUCAUCUAUUUCUUACAAUAGCUCAAAUCAUACUCAGCCAUAUGAAAGUGUGUCAAGAAGAGUUCCAUCAUGGUCUUUUUUCCCUGCAAGUGAUGGUGAAAAUCAAAGAGUUUAUAUUCGUUUUCGAUCUGCAGAUGCUGUACAAGAAGAAAUAUCAAGUUUAUCAUGGCAUACAAAAUCAGUGCAGUUGCUUUCAGACCCUGUUGAUGACUUGAUUGCACGUGCUUAUGAGAAGAUUGAGAAUAAUGAAGGUAUACGGUCAGAAGUGAAUAAAAAUGGUGUCAGCAUCUUGGAUAGCAGUAUUGAUAACACGGCAGAAUUGUGGGUGCAGAAGUAUAAGCCAAAUAGAUAUUUGGAUUUGUUAAGUGAUGAAAGCACUAAUAGAAUGUUAUUGCAAUGGCUAAAAAUAUGGGAUAAAGUAGUAUUCAAUAAAGAAGUCAACAAAAAAAGAAAAGUUAUGAGUGUUUAUGACAAAUCAGCAGGAAAUAAGUUUACAAAAAAGAAUCAAACUUUAGAUGAAGAGUUGGAUGAAAAUAAUUGUCCUAAGUAUAAAUUAGCAUUGUUAUGUGGACCGCCCGGUCUUGGAAAAACUACUUUAGCUCAUUUAGUAGCCCGACAAGCAGGCUACAAUGUUGUUGAAAUGAAUGCUAGUGAUGAUCGUAAUCUUACUAGUUUUAAACGACAGCUUGAAGCUACUACACAAAUGUGUUCUGUGAUGAGUAAUGAUUCAAGGCCUAAUUGUUUAGUGUUAGAUGAAAUUGAUGGAGCACCUGUAGCCUCAAUAGAUUUUCUAAUUAAAUUUGCUACUGAAAAACGUGUGACUCGUAAAAGGAAAACCGAUAAAAAAGAUGAAAAAAGUUCCAUUUUAAAAAGACCAAUAAUUUGUAUUUGUAAUGAUGUUUAUGUACCUGCAUUAAGAAAUUUAAGGCAAAAUGCUUUUGUAUUAAAUUUCCCCCCAACAUCUUCAGUUAGAUUGGUAGAAAGAUUAAUGGAAAUAUCAAGUUAUGAAAACAUUAAAACGGAUAUGGGGGCAAUGACUGCACUUAGCACCAAAACAAAUAAUGAUAUAAGAUCUUGUUUGUCAACAUUAUCAUGUUUUAGAAAUCAAUCAGUUAACUUAUCGCAUAUUAAAAAUGCUAAUAUUGGUGCAAAAGAUAUGCAAAAAGGACUUUUUACUGUAUGGCAAGAAAUAUUUCAAAUAAAAAAAAGCUGCUUUGAGAACAAUCCAAAUAGUACAAGUGAUGGGUUCUCAAGUCAUAAUAAUGUUAUGAAAGACAGAAUUAACAGUGUUUUGAAAACUGUCCAGAGUUAUGGAGACUAUGAAAAGCUUAGUCAAGGGAUUUUUGAAAAUUAUUUAAGUCUGAAGCCCAAAGAUUCAUCAUUAACAAAUAUUGCUGAAGGCCUAGAAUGGUUUUGUAAUUUUGACAAGACUAUGCAUGUGAUUAACUCUUCACAAAAUUAUUCACUAUUUCCUUAUUUGCCAUAUAAUUUUGCUACUUGGCACUGUUUAUUUGCAACAUUUACAUGGCCUAAAAUUACUUAUCCCAGUGCUGCAUAUGAAAAUAGUAAAAUGUUUAUGUUGCAUAUUUCAUACUACUUUUCUUUCAAAGCACAUUUUUGUUGUUUUAUAUGUGUAGACGAUGCAGUAAAAUUUCCUGGAUUGGAAACAUUUCCAACAUCUAGCUAUGCUACUAAACAACUUAUUUCUAGAGAAAUAGAAUUGGAAAAUUUGAGGAAGAGAAUGUCUCAUGGACAACUAAAUAAUAUCACUGUAGAACCUGAUGAGUUUGAUGAGAAUGAUAAAAAUAUUUCUACUCCAAAAGCUGUUAAAGAAAAUGUUGUUAAAACAUAUUAUGAUCUCGAAUUUAUCGCUUACAAUUAUAAUAUUAGAAUUUAUAAGCAAAAGUUCGAACAACGUCCGAAAUGUUACUACAGUUUGUUGAACAUUGGGGAUUGUGGUGAUGUUGGUGGUAGUAGAGGUGGUGGAGGCAUUGGUGUGAAAAUGCCAACCAAAAAGAAAGAUUUCUUUGGUCGCGAAAUCGAUUCACCCGUUGGGCAUAAACACAAAGAAUUUCGAGAUGAAAUUGUGAAGAGCGAUGUUUGGUAUCAUUUCAAAGAAGGCUAUAGCAAUGCAGUGAGAAAAUCAGUAUUAAUGAAAGAUCUUUACUGAACAAUAAUUCUUUUAUAUUCAUAUUUUUUUUUUUUUGAAGUCGAAGUUGAAUUUUAUUUUAUUUAUUUUUAAUGUUUAAAUUAAUUUCUAUUAUAAUACUAUAGUAUACUAAGUUUAUUUGAAUUAUUAAUUCGCGUAAUAUAUGAC